AUGGCUCAGCAAGCGGAUGGCAUUUAUGAUGUGCCGGACGGGCCUCCUUUGAUGACUAUCAACUUGAAGCUGAGCAGCGAAAAUUCCUUUUCAGAAAUGCACCGCUCCUACGCAAGCCAGAUGGAGCGCCUACGGAAACAUCUCAAAAAGAAGUUUAAGACCCUCGUGAAGGGCAAGAGGAAGUUUCAUCUCACCCCAGAUGGGUUAGCUGUUUUCACGGUUGCAUUUACUGAUGGUGAAAGGACUGUCAGGGCGAUCAUUGAAGGAAGGCAUAUGUGGGUGAGAGGAUUCGAAACUACAGAUGGACAGGUGUAUGAGUUCAAGGAGAAGAACCAGGGACAUGAAACAAAGAAGUAUAUCAAAGGGUCAAUUUUACUUUCCCAUGGAGGAGGGUAUCCCACGCUACUACGUGAAGGCCCUCCACUUGAAAACUUUGAAGUGGGCUAUCCUGCUCUAAAAGAUAUGCUUGAUCAGCUAUCUCAUUUUGAUCCAACCAAGUCUUCUGUCAAGUCUCUGCGUGCAAUGGCGGCACUGAUAAUACACACUGCUGAGAGCAUAAAGAACAACUUCAUCUGCUUAAUUGUUCUGAAAUCGCUCGAUCCAAAGCUGGGUGCAAGGAAACAAGAGUUGACAGAUCUGGGAAAUGGAUACAUCCGUAGCUGGGCAAAGAUAUCAAAGCUAAUCCUGAGAUAUCUUCACAUUUCAACCAAGGUUUGGGAUGUAAAUGAACAGAAAAAGGUUAAAAAUGAAGAGUUCUAUAAAGUUCCAUGCUGGACAAAUGAUCCCAAGGAUGUGCUCAAUCAUAUCAUAUUCAUAAAAAGUGAUGAAUAUCUGGAUAGUGUUCUGCAUGUACAAGAUGGCCAAACACGAACCCUACCAGAUGUGCUUCAAGCUUCUAUAGGUGUGGUUGUCGUGGGAGGGGUGAACCUUGCCUUAAAUUAUGCAACAGAUAUUCCCUGUGUUGCUCAAGUGCUACUGCGAGCAACUUCAUUGUCCUCAAAUGUCCAGGUCAUUGAAGGAGAGUUUCCCAUCUACACAGACGGACACAUAGACUUGUGUACAAUGCAUCUGAAUUUGAAGAAAAAGGAAGGACAUCAAGAGGAAGUGGUUAAGUUAACACUAACAGUGAGUGCUUUGCGACAGGCGACUGCAGAUGCAAACCAAGUCCAUGAUGAGGGUGUGUACUGUAAAACGACUAAAGGAUGUGUUAAGGACAGUAAGAUGAGCACCGCACAACUGGAGCUAUAUUCAGAAAACAGAGAAUUAUUCGAUAAACUUGUAGACGAAAGAGUUGCGGAAUCUCAAGCAGAGUACCCAACGAUGGAUCCAAUGCUGCUGCUAUGCAGUAAGAAAGAGUCGCCACUAAACUUACAAGUUAACUGUGCUGAUUUCCAUGUUCCAGACAUUGGUGUUGGGCUGGUGUGCUGA